UGUCACUUGUUUGAUGUUUUGUUUUUCGUGAAAUGUCAACACGAAGCAGCUCGUUUUUAUUUCCUUUAGAACAAAAAUAAUUUAUUUAUUAAACAAUUCCACCUUUAUUUAAAUGAAAUAAACAUGUUUCUAAAAAAAUUCCUUCAAAUAAAUAACUUUUCUACAAGAGCCACUGAUUCAAUUUACGUGACAACACCAAUUUUUUAUGUAAAUGCUUCUCCUCACAUUGGUCAUUUGUAUUCAGCUGUAAUUGCUGAUGCCAUAGUUCGUUAUCAACGCUUAAAGAAUCCCCAAGUUGAAUCACAUUUUUGCACUGGAACCGAUGAACAUGGGACAAAAAUCCAACAAGCUGCUGCCAAUAACAAAGUUGUUGUAGGAAAGUAUUGUGAUAACAUUUCACAAAGUUACAGAAAUGUGUUCCAAGAAGCUCGAAUCCAACACACUGAUUUUAUUCGAACAACAGAAGAACGUCAUAAAAAGGCUGUGAGACAUUUUUGGAAUGAAUUAAAAUCUCGAGGACACAUUCAUUCAUCUCAAUACAAUGGAUGGUAUUGUGUUUCAGAUGAAACAUUCCUCACAGAUAGUCAGUUGAAAAUUAAUCCAGAUGGUAGCAAAUGCUCUUUGGAAUCUGGCCAUCCUGUCGAAUGGACAGAAGAGACAAAUUAUAUGUUUAGUUUGUCCAAGUUACAAGAAGAUGUGAUUUAUUGGGUGAAACAAGGUGGACGUAUUCGUCCGGCAAAAUUCGAAAAGAUUCUGCUAGAUUAUUUGAAUGAACCAUUGCCAGAUGUUUCAAUAUCGAGACCAUCGAAUAGAGUUCAUUGGGCUAUUCCGGUGCCAGAUGAUGAUAGUCAAACUGUUUAUGUUUGGUUAGAUGCAUUGAUAAAUUAUUUAACUUCGGCGGGCUAUCCAAAUGAAAUGUUUCGAAAAAAAUGGCCACCAACUACUCAAGUUAUUGGAAAAGAUAUUCUAAAAUUCCAUGGCAUAUAUUGGCCAGCAUUUCUAAUUGCUGCAGGUUUAGAACCACCUCAGCAAUUGUUCGUACACUCACACUGGACUGUUGACGGCCAGAAGAUGUCAAAGAGUAAAUUUAAUGUAGUCGACCCAAUGGAAGCAUCACAAAUUUAUACAAUGGAAGGAUUACGAUAUUUUCUUUUGCGAGAAGGAGUUGCUCACAGUGACGGCAAUUACAGCAGCACGAAAGCUUUACGUAUCCUUAACUCAGAACUUGCGGACACCUUGGGUAACCUUCUAUCGCGAGGGUGUGCCAAAUCCCUUAAUCCGCGUCAACUUUAUCCUCGCAUUUAUGUUCAUCACUGCAACGAAAUCCUGCGAUUAGAUGCUGCCAGACGCCUUCAAGAGGUACUCUCUGAACUUCCAGAAAAAUGCGCCCAACACUAUGAAGAAAACAAUUUCUAUUUAGUUGUGGAUAAGGUUAUGGCAGCUCUCCAUGCGACAAAUAACUUUUUCGAGUCCUCUAAGCCAUGGGAAUUGAAAAAGAAACCAUCAUCAUCUCCAUCGGAAGCAAUAACCGACAACUCAGCAAGUGAACGCUCGCAAAAGCUAGAUACUAUCCUUUCGAUGACAAUGGACAGCCUUCGCCUUUGUGGCAUCAUCUUGCAGCCCAUUAUACCGGACAUGAGUUCGAAACUCUUGGACAAGUUGAGUGUCUGUCCGAGUCAGCGUACAUGGCAAAACUUGAAGCAAUCUUUUGUAGUCGAUGUAAAUAGUCGACUUGAAGAUACACUUUUGGCCGAUACGAAUCCAGUACUUUUUCGACGUAUCCUUUUGCAGGAUGAUAAAGAAAAACAACAACAACAAUCUGCCCAACAGCAUCAAAAACAACAACUGCCAAAGAAAUCCCAGCAAAAGAGAACUAACAAAGCACAAUAAUGAUAGAACGUCUAUUUGGUCGUGCAAACACAACACAGAGUCAUCAUUUCGUGCGGUGCACAGUUAAAAGGAACUCAACAAAAGGAUUUGUUUCGAAGAAUAGAAAUCCAGCAAAAAAAACUAUAUAACUGAAAUUUAAAAAUUGCAGUGUGCGACUGAUAAUGGAAAUAACAAUAAAUGUUAAAGUUUAUAA